AUGCGGCUGUCGCAUACGUUGGUGCUGGCACGGGUCCUUCUACGAGUUUAUCCCGGAUACAUCAGUGUACCUCGUUGGGUGUUGAGGCAGGAAGCGACGGUGCACACGGAUGAAUAUAUCGUGCUAGUCCCCACCUCGUGCCUUGAGAUGAUGAGGCGCAAAGAUGCGAACUAUACGAGCGGGUGGAGCCUCGCAACGAACCAUUAUCCAACGAAAUGUAGGCUGGACGUCUGGACGGCUCUUGUUAGUGGGGAGAUGGGAAGGAGCGGAGCAGUGGUAGUUGGGACAAGGGCUGUCACGCUUGACCCGGCAAGUAUAGAAAGCGUGAAGGACGUACAAGAAGCUGUUGAAUCGCUGCCAGUGCAUCUGUGCCCGGCACUGGGCACUGUCAACGUCCCUGCACCGACUUGGCUUCCGUCACAGAUUCCUUCAUUUAUGUCGUUUCGCGUUUGGUUGUCAUCAGAAUAUGUAUACCGCAUCCCCCAGAUGGGAUCCACCGGUUCUUCUGUCAAAGGGUUCGUGAACAGCGAGUUUCCCGACAUCAUCGCUCGUAUCUGCAAGCACGCUUUCAUACCCCUUGCCGCGGGUUUCGGAGUUGCUACACAGGUUCACUUUGACGCCGUCGUCGAAGCUGGAGCUCAUGGCGUCGUCGUCGGGAGUCGCAUAGCCUCCCUCAUCAAAGAAGCGCCGGCCAGUCAAGUUCCUCAGGUAGUUGAGAACUUCUGCAGAGGACUCCAGGGACCAUCGCCCCCCAACUCCUCCACUGCCGGAGUCCAAAGUUCGCAAUAUCAUUACCCGGUCGUUGCUGCAAUAUCUCGACUGACUGGAAUGAGAUUUCUCCUCCCGCGCUUCGGCCAGUAUGUACCGGAAGCACUUUUCAGCUGUCUCAUCGAGUUAGAGGAGGCUCACAACGCUAUGCAGAAUGAUCCAAUGUUCUGGGAUGAGUUCGAAAGCCACUAUGGUUACAUGAACCGCCCUUCCAAGCUAUACGGUAUUUUGCAGAAGAUUUGGCUGAAACGACAAGAUCUCAACCAUACAGGGUUACAUAAAAUCGAUAACGCGGUUGGGCAGAAACGGGUACCAGACAACAUGGUGUACUUGUUUCGGGAUGGACUGAUCGGACGUGAAAUCAAAGCACAGAUGAAGGAGGCGGCAGGGAAACUUCCGGAUGUGGUUGUCGCAUGCGUUGGAGGCGGCAGCAAUGCCAUUGGGUCCUUUUACGAGUUCAUCCUGGAUCCAUCUGUACACCUCGUGGGCGUUGAGGCAGGAAGCGAGGAUGAGUAUAUGGAUGAAUUUAUCGCCCUUGUGUACUCACUCCCGGCAAGGUAUCACGGUGAUCGUCACGGUGCCACGCUAGCUAGAGGCAAACCAGGUGUCUUGCAUAGAGUUCGAACGUAUGUCCUACAAGAUCCCCCUGGUCAAAUCAUAGAAAUGCAUUCUAUCAGUGUUGGAUUGGAUUAUCCUGGUGUUGGACCAGAACACUCCUGGUUGAAGGACGGCAAACGUGCUGAGUACAUCGUUGCGACGGACGAGGAAGCUUUGAGAGGAUUCCGUCUGUACACUCAACUCAAGGGUAUCAUUUCAGGAUAG